UCGCUUCGGAAUCAGUUUGCCGUCUGAGAUGAUGAAACUCGGUGUUACAGUUUUAAUAUUAUUUUCGGUCAGCUAUGCGCUGUCUUCCGAAUCCGUUUUUAGGGGGCAUCUGCUUGGGUACGACAUACCUCCCCCAAAAGUCGCAGUGUCGAGAGUAGAAGUGGCUACAGAUUAUUUUACGCAAAGACUGGACCAUUUCGAUCCCUCAAAUACGAUUGUUUGGUCGCAGCGGUAUUACGUCAAUACAGAAUAUUUUAAUGCCACGGAAAGAGAGACUAUCUUUCUAAUGAUUGCUGGCGAGGGUCAGGCUUCUGUUUCAUGGAUGACAGGUGGGGCUUGGAUAGAACCUGCUGAAAAGUACGGAGCUCUCUUAUUCGAGCUAGAGCACAGAUUCUAUGGCGUCAGUCAUCCGUUUGAUGACUUGAGCACGGAAAACUUAAGAUACCUGUCAAGCAGACAGGCCUUGGAGGACACCGCGACUUUCAUUAAUGGUAUGAAUCAGGAGUACAACCUCACGAAAGACGCAAAAUGGAUAGUGUUCGGGGGAUCUUACGCUGGUUCGUUAGCAGCUUGGUUGAGACAAAAAUAUCCGCAUCUGGUUCAAGGAGCCAUGUCCGCCAGUGGGCCUUUGUUCGCACAACUAGAUUUUCCUGAGUACCUGCAAGUGGUUGCGGACGAUCUAGCCCUGUACAGUCGAGAAUGCGUCGAAACGGUUAAAACGGCAUUCACUCGACUUGAAGAACUGGUAGACAAUCCAGGCGACGAGAAUAUCACUGCUCUUUUCAAUUUAUGCGAUGACAUAGAAGUGGUUAACACCGAAUCGGACAUAGCCAAUUUCCUAGAGAAGCUUACUGACGACGUCUUCGCCUACGUUGCGCAGUACAACAAGAACAGCGGCCGGACAACUUCCGUGGACGACUUGUGCGAUAUUCUGGUCAAUGAGACUUACGGCGACGAAGUAUACAGGCUGGCAGAGGUGAAUAAAUUGUUCUACGGGUCCACGUGUUUGGAUUACAAGUACCAGAACACAGUGGACUACCUGAGUGAUACAACUAUCACAGCCAGCGGGAAUAUGCGUCAGUGGAUUUACCAAACCUGCUCAGAGUACGGAUGGUACCAAACGUCAAGCCAGGAAGAGCAAGUGUUCGGCACUAGGUACCCCAUCGAGUUCUUUACAAACCUAUGCGUAGACGUUUAUGGACCAGAAUUCAACACGAGCUACAUAAACGGACAAAUUGAGCAAAUAAACACACAUUUCGGUGGAUACGACAUCGACGUACGAAACGUGGUGUUCGUUCACGGAUCGUACGACCCUUGGUACCCCAUGGGGCUCACCGAAACCACUAAUUCAGAGUCGCCAGUUAUAUUUAUCGAUGGUACCGCACACUGUUCAAACAUGUACGCCGCCACCGACGAGGAUCUGCCGCAACUAGUUGAAGCCAGGGAGGAAGUUAACAGGCUGAUAGGGGUGUGGCUGGAGGGUGAGGAGAUCUCAGGAGCAAACAGUCCCUUCACUACGAAUGUACUAAGUGCGCUGUUACUGAUUUUAAGUAGUCUAGUCAUAAGCAACCUUUAAGUCUACCAACAAAAUAUCUAAGUAGUUAAAAUAGAUAUGUAUUUUAUUCAAUAAAAUGGACAACGGAA